ACACGUACCAAAUCCACCCGACACCGCGCGACCCGCCGACCCGGCGCCGUCAUCGUGACCCAGUUCCCCGAAAUGCGGGGCGGAUUCACGGUGCCGGUCCCCGUGAUGACGGCGGACAUGUGCGCGCGGCUGAGGGAGAAGAGGAGGGGGGUCCUGAGUCCGAACCACCGCAGAACCUGAACCACCGGGACCAGUUCAUACACGUUUUAACUUUCAUUAUUAUGAUGCUUGGAAUGAGAGCAGACACACCGAGCACCGGACCGGAACCGCUGAAACACCACAGCACAGAGCGUCAGCUCAGUUAUCGAUUGAUCGAUCGAUUGAUUAGGUUUGAUGAUCAGUGAGGGGCUCGUUCUCCGGUUCUCCAGCUGGUUUUGGUUUCACCUGCUGCAGCAUCAACACUCCGUUUAUCCAGGAAGGCUUUGUGGUGAGGAGGUCCUGAGGAGUGUCUCGUCCAAACAGGUUCUGAGUCUCUGCAGCAGAACUCGGAAGUGAAAAGUUCCGUUUUCUAACAGAGCCUCAGAACCGGGACCGAGCAGGUGAGCGGUGAGAACGGAACUCAGCUCCAACAUUCACACUCAAACCGACCAACCCGCGGACCAAAGCAGGAGGCGCCACCGUCCGUCAACAGUAAUGCAGCAGCGCCAUUUCCCCCGCAGCUGAAGAAGAAGGAGCGGAGCGAAAACAUCCAACAGUUCCACCUCAAACCCUCCUGAGACGGAUUCCUGCCAUGGAGGUCCCCGGACCGGACAGCGACUGGAGGAGCCCGCAGUUCCGACAGAAAGUCGUGGCUCAGAUUGAAGAGGCGAUGAGAAAAGCUGGAACUGCAAACACAACACACAAGUCCAGCAACGACAUGGAGAACCACGUUUACGUGAAGGCAAAAACCAGAGAGGAAUAUUUGUCUCUGGUGGCGAGACUCAUCAUACACUUCAGAGACAUCCAUAAGAAAGCUCUCGGGGGUCCAGAUCCCAUGAAUGCCCUGACUAACCUGACAGGGGUUGGAGGGGGCCCAGGCGCCAUCGGCAUGGGGCCUCGCCCCGCCGGCGCUCCAGUGGGUGGCAUGGGGGCCAUGGGGCCGAUGCAGAUAGGCCAGCAUGCCAUGGCAGGGGUGUCUGGAAACCCACAAGCCAUAGGAGGUCCAGGCCAGAUGCCCAUGCAGCAGAUGGUGCAGCAGACGCAGGUGCAGCAGAACACAUUGCAGUUCCAGCAGUUCCAGCAGACGCAGGUGCAGCAGCAGCAGAACGCCAUGCAGCAGCAGCAGAAUGCUGCCAUUCAGCAGCAGUUCCAGAUGCAGCAGCAGCUGCGGGCGCAGCAGCAGAUGCAACAGCAGCAGCACCAGAACCAGCAACUGCAGCAGCAGCAGCACCAGAACCAGCAGCAGGCAGCCCAAAACCAGCAGCAGCACAACCAGAUGCAUCAGACGAGGAUUCAGCAGCAGCAGAUGGUGCAGCUGCAGCUGCAGCAGCAACAUGCUCAGGCUCAGGCCCAAGCUCAGGCUCAGGCUCAGGCUCAAGCUCAAGCUCAAGCUCAAGCUCAAGCUCAAGCUCAAGCACAAGCCCAGGCUCAGGCUCAGGCUCAGGCUCAGGCUCAAGCCCAGGCCCAAGCCCAGGCCCAGUCCAUCCAGCACAUGGUGCAGCAGCCGGUCCAGGCUCAGCCUCAGCCGGGUCAGAUGCCUCCACACUCCCAACAGCAGCAGCAGCAGCAGCCUGGCAUGGUGCCUCAGUCUCUGGCCGGACAGAUGACGUCCACUCAGCACGUCCCCAUCACCUCUCUGAGUCAGCAGCAGCAGCAGCAGCUCAAGAUGCAGGCCUUCCAGCAGGCCCGUGCAGCCUUGCAGCAGCAGCAGGUCCAGCAGGCGCAGCAACAAGCCCAGCAGGCCGCAGCUCAGGCGCAGCUCAACGCUGCCGCUGCAGCCGCCGCCGCUGCCGCACCUGGACAGCUGGUCCGUCCUGGGAUGCAGAUUCCUCCCCGGCUGCCUCGAGCUCCUCUCAAUCCCAACAUUCCUGCUCCAAACGCUGCCACCGGCGUUGUCGGAGGACAGACGAUGAAUCAGCAGGUGCAGCCGCAUUCCAUGACGUCAUCGCCCUCCCCGAUGCAGGUCCAGACACCACAGCCAAUGCCGCCUCCUCCCCAGCCGUCGCCACAGCCGCCCACAUCUCAGCCCAACUCAGCCAGCUCCGGCCCCACGCCGUCUCCGGGAGGCUUCCAGCCCAGCCCAUCCCCUCAGCCCUCGCCCAGCCCGGCCACGUCCAGAACCCCCCAGAACUACGGAGUGCCCUCCCCAGGACCCCUCAACACUCCAGGUAACCCCAGCUCGGUGAUGAGUCCGGCUGGAGCCACAUCUCUGGAGGAUCAGCAGUACAUGGAGAAACUGAAGCAGCUGUCGAAGUACAUCGAGCCGCUGCGACGGAUGAUCAACAAAAUCGACAAAAACGAAGACAGAAAGAAGGACCUGAGUAAGAUGAAGAGUUUGCUGAACAUCCUGACUGAUCCAAACACCAGAUGUCCUCUGAAGACGCUGCAGAAAUGUGAAAUUGCUCUGGAGAAGCUGAAGAACGACAUGGCUGUGCCGACCCCCCCGCCCCCUCCAGUCCUCACCAAGCAGCAGUAUCUGUGUCAGCCGCUGCUGGACGCCGUCAUGGCCAACAUCCGAUCUCCGGUCUUCAACCACUCGCUGUACCGGACCUUCGCCCCGGCAAUGAGCGCCAUCCACGGACCCCCGAUCAUGGGUCCGAAUGUCUCCGGCAGAAAGAGAAAACACGAAGAGGACGAGCGUCAGACCAUCUCCAACAUCCUGCAGGGGGAGGUGGCUCGCCUCGACGUCAAGUUCCUGGUCAACCUGGACCCUUCAUACUGCAGCAACAACGGCACCGUGCACCUCGUCUGCAAGCUGGAUGAUAAGAACCUCCCCAGUGUUCCUCCUCUGCAGCUCAGUGUUCCUGCUGAUUAUCCUGAUCAGAGUCCAUACUGGGCCGACGAUGGAGAACAGUACGGUGCAAACUCCUUCCUGCAGUCGGUCCACAGAAACAUGACGUCCAAACUGCUGCAGCUACCGGACAAACACUCGGUGACGGAGCUGCUCAACACCUGGGCUCAGAGCGUCCGGCAGGCCUGUCUGUCAGCCGCCUGAGGCCCCACACCUGUCUGUUCUCUGCACUGUGGAGUCUCCUUAUCCACUGUAGUCCUGAUGCAUUCUGGGUAAAUCCAGCUCAACCAACAGCUCGGCUCGAUGUGAACCUCCUCAUUCAGUUUGUAAAUAAUAAUAAUAAUCAGAACUGCAGUUUGUCCCCACUCAUACUCUGCUCCCUGAACGCAUCAUGACUCGGUUCUUUGUGUUGGACGGAAGGUUCCAGUUUGGUUCUGCAGAACUCGUCCGUCUGAUCUGUAAAUGUUUCUCUGCUUUCAUAAAUAAAACGUGCUCAGUUCAA